GGCAUGGAGACGAAAGAAGAGUCCAGGAUGAGCACUCCCAGUGGACUGAAAGCUUCCUACGUGGACGCGUGCAACGAGCUGGAUCAGGCUGUCAACCCAUUCAUCGAGUCCAUGGUAGACCGGGCAGCAAGGUCCUCACGGUCAUUUUAUGACGAGUUCACACUGAUACUUAAUGGAAACUCGACACUGUAUCCAGUGCAGAGACUGACAGAUGAUGAUGCUGCCGUUCUGGUCCGCCUCCUGAGGCGUAACAUCCACAUCACAGGUCUCGAUUUAAGAUUCAAUAAUAUAACGAAUUGUGGAGCAGAACUAAUUGCAAAAUUUCUACUGGAAACCGAAACAUUCAGUGUCUUGAACCUGAUGUGCAAUGACAUCGGCAGCAAUGGAGCAGAAUGGCUUGCCAAAGCCUUACAGUUGAACAUAUCAGUGAGGCAUCUGAGAGUGAAUGGAAAUAAAAUUGGCAGUAAAGGUGGAAUGCACUUUGCGACAAUGCUGCAACUUAACAGUACCCUCGAGUCGCUGGACAUUGCCGACUGUGAUUUGGGAAUUCAAUGUGUGAUUGGAUUAGCAACAGUUCUAAACCAUAACAAAACGCUCAAAUCCAUCGAUGUUGGACGGCCUUUAGUUUACACCCUUCAGGAAGAGAUGACUGUGCACAUGGCUGACAUGCUGCACGUGAACCAAUCCCUGCAGGAGCUGCACUUAGAAAGAUUUGAAAUGAAAGAUUUUGGUGUCCAGCAACUUUGUGAACAACUGGUUAAAAACAAGACUCUGCGAUACCUCGAUCUUCGCUGUAACCAGAUAUCCUGUGAUGGAGCAAAAUAUUUGGCUGAGCUGCUGAAACACAACACUCCCCUAAAGAUCCUGGAUUUGUCAGCAAACAGAAUUGGCGAUGAUGGGCUAGUGUACAUUAGCGAUGCCCUUCGUUACCUGAAUGACCAACUGCAAGGGUUAUCUGUGACCCGUAAUAGCAUCACUGGUGUUGGUUUGGUGGCAUUCGCAAAUAUAUUGAAGUCCAACAAUUCCUUAAGCAAUGUCUACAUCUGGGGCAAUGAAUUCGAUGAAGAAGCCUGCAUUGAGUUUGCGAAUCUUUUAAAAGUUGGGCGUCUGAUGCCAAAGCAGACAGAUGUCAGUCCCUAUUGGAUCGAUGGACAUGUCUACCUGGCUGAGCUUGCUCACGGGCUCCAAAUGUUCUAUUACUGGAUACCUCAAUAUGGACUUCAGGAUGAAGCAGCUUGUAACGCUAGUAUGGCUCUACUGCAGGAACCACAAUCUUCCAUGAGCCAGUUCAACUUGGAAGACACUGAAUCUUCAGGCACAGACAAAGCCCAUUCAUCUGGUAGUAUCUCCGGUGACUCUUUGCGUCUGCAAAAUAAUUGACCCCUCUGCUCUCUCUCUCCAAUGUCCUGCAUAUAUUUAUCCAGUUCCCUCUUAAAAGUUACUCUUGAAUCUUCUUCCACCAGUCUUUCAGGCAACACAUCCCAGAUCACAAAAUGGUCAAGUAAAGAAAGGAAGACCACUUUUUUAAUGAUUAUCUUAAAUUAGGACCUUUGCCAUUAUUAUUUACUCUUAUCAAAAUCCCCGUGACUCUGAAGACCUUCAGAAAUAACAAUCCCAGCUUCUUCAGUUUAUCUGUAAAACAGAAGUCCCACAUCUCGGGAUCUUUCUAUUAAAUUGCUUCAUCAGCUUCAUCAAGACAUUGCUUAAAGAGUAAGAAUUACUGCGAUUGAAUUUGAUGAAGUUGGAUCUAAUAUUAGAUAAGAAAUGGGUCUAAUAAUACAUUACAGAUUCAGAUAAAAACCUUGUGUAUGUAUUUUGUGUCAAGAUCUUGCCCCAUCACCUUACAAAUUUGUCUUUAAUCAUCUUUAACCUCCUUCCUCAACCUUUAACACUUUAUCAUUUAAAGAUUUAGAGUUGCUGAUUAUUUGAAGCAAUUAAUUGAAUUGGGACAGAUUAUUAUUGCCAAAAAUGAUGAUUCUACAUGUGACCACUCUCCAAAAAUGAGCCUGCACAUCUGAACACUGAUGUUUAGUUUUUGAAUUACAAAAUACAGAAUAGGUUAAGUAACCUUCACAAGUUACACUAGAUUAUAUGGAAUUUUAGGCCAUUCUAUCAGAGAUACUAAAGUCUCUGAUCUCUGACAUUAUCUUUACAAAUCUUUCCUAACGACAUUCUUCAGACCCCUUAAACAUUCACCCAAAACUGAACUCGAUAAGAGCCAAGCUGAAGAUUGUUCCGAUUUUGCCUCACAUCUUUAGCUUACUCUUUACCAUUACAUGCGAAGAUCAGUACAGUUGUACAGAAUGAUAGAGAUUUGUGGACUGAAUAGGCUGUUCAACCCAUCCAACCAUUUACACUGCUCAGCUCUCACUGCUUAAUCGUGACACACCCAUAGCUGAUCAAAUGUGGUGACCCACCAAACACCUUAAUCUAUGCUCAGUAGUUAUUCACCUCUUUACUACAGAAAUAAAAGCCUCCUUUUUCAUCCGAUGCAGUCCUUUCGCAAGAAAUAUAUCCAGAUUGUUCCCUCUCAGCUUUCCUUAUUCCUGAGCCUGCCUAAUAUUUCAGCAUGGUUACCCAGCUUACUCAUCCUCUGAGAAUCUCCUCUGUAAUCUCUCCAAUGCUACCACAUUGCAGAGUGGUGACUGGAACUGUGGCUUGAGAAUGCUUAGUACAGUUAUGGUAUAGUUUCCUGAACAUUUAAUUUGUUCCUCAUGCCGCUCUCCAUUACUAAUCUAAUACUAAUGAUCUGAUGUAUUUUCCCAGU